UUUUUGUUACUUGUUCUUUUAAAUGUAAUGAUUGUUCAAUUACCUAGAUUUCAAUUGAAAAUAGUGAGAUGUUUAAAAAAAUUCACAAAAGUGUUUUUUGCGUUUGGGAAAUACAAUCCACUUCCACAAGAAGCAGCGUUAGGUAUCCGGCACGUACAAUGUGUGAUGCUGUUCUUCGCAAUGUUGUUGGCCUUCGGCAUGAGGGUGAAUAUGAGCAUGGCUAUUGUCGCCAUGACAGACUCUUCAGUGGAAAACGCAUUCGACUGGAAUAUACAGAUCCAGAGCGUGAUUUUGUCUUCUUUCUUCUGGGGCUAUGUGAUUCUUCAGGUGCCUGGCGGCCUCCUUGCUGAAAAGGUCGGCGGCAGUCUCCUUAUCGGCAUUAGUAUUGGAGCCAACUCCAUCAUCUCUCUCAUUCUGCCAACUGCUGCAGUUUACGGUGGUUGGUACGCAGUAUGCGCCUGUCGGGUGCUGCAAGGUUUAGCGCAAGGAUUCAUUUAUCCAAGCAUGCACAACCUUAUCGGAAAAUGGGUGCCGUUAGAAGAAAAAAGUCGUCUAGGGACGUUCAUUUACGCAGGAGCUCAAUUGGGUACAGCAGUUAUGCUGAUGUCAGCAGGCUUCUUGGCAGACUAUUGGGGCUGGCCCGCUAUAUUUUACUUUGUUGGUACAUGUGGAGUCAUCUGGACCCUCAUAUAUAUGUUUAUUGGAGCAGGAGAACCUCAGAACUCGAAAUUGAUAAGUGAAGAAGAGAUGUUGUAUAUCCAGACUUCUCUUGGUCAAGUUGGAGGCAAGAAGUCACUUCCAACGCCAUGGAUGUCACUGCUGACGUCCAUGCCCUUCAUCAGUCUGAUCAUCGUGCACUGUUGUCAAAACUGGGGAUUUUGGACCCUAAUGACUGAGAUACCGUCUUACAUGAGCCAAGUUCUGGGAGUCAAUAUCAAAGCGAAUGGCGUAUUGUCCGCGACCCCUUACAUCGUGAUGUACAUCCUCAGCUUUCCCGCUGGCUUCGUAUCCGAUUAUGCCCUCGCUAAGGGCUGGGUCAGUACUACUGCUGCCAGAAAGAUUAGCAAUAGCAUCGGUUUCAUAGGCCCAGCGUUGGCCUUGAUUGGAUUAGCAUAUGUGCCAGCUGGUAACAUAACCCUAGCAGUCGGUAUACUGUCCGCCGUGGUGGGACUCAACGCGGGACACUUCACUGGCUUCAUGCUAGUUCAUCUGGACAUGGCGCCCAAUUUUGCGGGAACUAUGCUUGGUAUCACGAAUGCCCUUGCGAACAUUAUCUCCAUUAUUGCACCAUUAGCCGCUGGAGCUAUUAUAAAAGACGAGACUGACGCGGCAGAAUGGCGGAAGGUGUUCUACCUUUCCUCAUUUAUAUACAUCUUCGGAAACACCAUCUACCUCAUUUUCGGAAGCAGUGUUCGGCAGUCGUGGAACGAACCGAAGACAGAGAAAAACAUUGAAAGUGUCACUGAUGCUGAAAAAACUGAAAAAGUAAUAUAAAAUCCACUAAAAGACUUAAUAAAAUAGAUAAACAUGAUAUAAUUUAUUUC